UUUCCUCAAAUCUCCCCUGUUCUUUUUGCUCUUCAUUUUCUUUCCAGAAACGGCACCUCCAUUUAAUUAUUUUGGCAACAUUAAUUAAGGGAGAUGUAAUAGCAGAGUAUUUAGGAAACAAAGAUUUUCUCUGCUUCAUCUCUCACUCUCAUAAAACCAAAAAAGGGGCGAAGCAAAGAGAUAUAGAUAAAGAAAACAAAUUUUAAUUUGGGUUUUGUUUAAUUUUUUUAUAAAUUACAAUUUUAAUCAAUAGAAAAGAGAGACGGAAACAUUUAUUUUCAUUUUUGUGUGUGUUUUUGUUAAAUAUCAUUGGUUGCACGUGGAAACCCAGAAGAGUCGGUAAAAUUGUCAAAAAGCAUGGCUCUUUCUGGGGUUAAAAAUGAUAGAGGGGAAUUGAGGAUUCUUGAGAAUUUGGAUGAGCUAAGGACUGAUUUAGCUGACUAUAUUGCUGAGUUAUCAGAAGCUGCAGUGAAGGAGAGAGGUGUGUUUGCCAUAGCACUGUCUGGUGGUUCUCUCAUUGGCUUAAUGGGGAAACUGUGUGAAGCACCUUAUAACAAGACUGUAGACUGGGCUAAAUGGUACAUAUUUUGGGCAGAUGAACGCGUUGUUGCGAAAAACCACUCAGACAGCAAUUAUAAGCUUGCAAAGGAUGGCAUUCUUUCCAAGGUGCCGAUUGUUCCCAGCCAUGUUCAUUCUAUCAAUGAUUCGGUUUCAGCAGAGGAGGCUGCUGACGAAUACAUGUUUGUUAUUCGGCAGCUAGUUAAAACAAGGAUGGUCAGUGUUUCCGACAUAAGUGACUGCCCCAAGUUUGACCUUAUCCUUCUCGGUAUGGGCCCGGAUGGUCACAUUGCCUCGCUAUUCCCUAAUCAUGCAGUGCUUGAAGAGACAGACGAAUGGGUAACUUUCAUCACCGAUUCCCCUAAACCUCCACCUGAGAGGAUAACAUUCACUUUGCCCGUCAUCAAUUCAGCAUCCAACGUUGCAAUAGUCGUAACAGGAGAGAGCAAAGCAGAGGCUGUGCAUUUGGCAAUUGACAACGUCGAACCCAACUGCCCGUCACUGCCUGCACGGUUAGUCCAACCAACAAAAGGGAAGUUGGUAUGGUUUUUGGACAAACCGGCUGCAUCGAAACUGGACGAUCUUCAAUUUUCAGAGUAGGGUUGAAUUUAUUUCAUUUGCCAAAGUGUAUGGUUGUAUGUAGUGGAGGUUUUUCAAACCCCAUCGACCCUCGUCCUCGAUUAGUUCCUACUUCUUUUAUCCCUUUUUAUUUUCUUAUAACUUCACCAUUUUAUUUUGUUUUUUUCUUUCUCUCUUUACCUUUUUGAGAUGGCAAAGUUGAAUCCUUUUUUCUGUAAGGAGAGGAAAAUAAAAGUUGGGGUCUUAAUGGAAAAGCUUUUCCUGGUUCAGGUUCCAUUUA